GCCGCCGCCAUGACCUGGAGCGCCGCGGCCCGGGGCGCCCACCAGCCCGACAACACCGCGUUCACGCAGCAGCGCCUCCCCGCCUGGCAGCCGCUGCUGUCGGCCAGCAUCGCGCUGCCGCUCUUCUUCUGCGCGGGCCUGGCCUUCAUCGGCCUGGGCCUGGGCCUCUUCUACUCCUCCAACGGCAUCAAGGAACUCGAGUACGACUACACGGGCACGGCGGGCACCGGCGGCUGCUCGGCGUGCGCCCUGGCCGACCGGGGCCGCGCGCCGCCGCCGCCCUGCUCGUGCGCCUGGCACUUCUCGCUGGCCGAGCUCUUCCCGGGCCCCGUGUACCUCUACUACGAGCUGACCAACUUCUACCAGAACAACCGGCGCUACAGCGUGUCCCGCGACGACGCGCAGCUGAGCGGGCUGCCGAGCGCGCUGCGCCACCCGGCCAACGAGUGCGCCCCCUACCAGCGCCGCGCCUCGGGCCUGCCCAUCGCGCCGUGCGGCGCCAUCGCCAACAGCCUCUUCAACGACUCCUUCUCGCUGUGGCACCGGCGCCGCGCCGGCGGGCCGUACGUCGAGGUGCCGCUCGACCGCACCGGCAUCGCCUGGUGGACCGACUGCCACGUCAAGUUCCGCAACCCGCCGCUGGUGAACGGCAGCCUGGCGCUGGCCUUCCACGGCACCGCGCCGCCGCCCAACUGGCCCCGGCCCGUGUACGCGCUGAGCCCGGACCCGAACAACACCGGCUUCGUCAACCAGGACUUCGUGGUGUGGAUGCGCACGGCGGCGCUGCCCACGUUCCGCAAGCUGUACGCGCGCAUCCGCCAGGGCAACUACUCCGCGGGGCUGCCGCGCGGCUCCUACGUGGUCAACAUCACCUACAACUACCCGGUGCGCGCCUUCGGCGGCCGCAAGCUCGUGGUCCUCAGCAACAUCUCGUGGAUGGGGGGCAAGAACCCGUUCCUGGGCAUCGCCUACCUGGCCGUCGGCUCCCUCUGCAUCCUCGUGGGCUUUGUCAUGCUGGUCGUCUACAUUCGCUACCAGGACCAGAACGACGAGGACGAGGAUGAGGAGUGACUCGGGGCGCCCUCCCUGCUACCUGCCGGAAGUCCCCUGCGAGCUUCUCGGGCUAACCCGCGUCGACUCCAAUUCCAAACCCCAAUUCCAGCCUCGCCUCGCGUCUCCUCCUGCUGUGAUGCGGGGGCCCGAGGGAGGAAUUACACGAGACCGCCGUUACCCAUUCUCCCCACCUUCACCGUCUCUCCAGUUGACCUUGGGCUCCUAGAGCCGCCGCGUUGGGGCGUGGGAGGGACGGUAGAGAUUCCUGUUCUACUCUUGCCUGAUGAAGAGCCCGAGACCCAGAGACCUUAAAUAACCCGUGCAAGGUCACGCAGCCCUUCAUUGGCUCCUGAUUCUGACUCUUCACUGUUAUCACUACAACACAGUGCUUUUCUUGAGGGGGUGGGGGAGGGGAUGUCGGGGAGAGAGUGAAGCCCACAAAUAACGUGCUGAGGUGCGGAGGGGUGGGAGAGAAUAUAUUUGGUGAGUUUUAAGUCACAAGAUUGUAGGUGGGCUUGUAAGACUCCAAUAAUUGGACACAGAUUCCGACAAGAUAAGGCUGGAGUGAGAGACACCCCCCCCCCCCCUCCCUGAAGCUGUGUUUUAACAAGCCUGUCUGGAGAUUCCUCCUGUAUUCCCUCCAAUUCGGGAAUCACUGUCCUGAACCAGGGAGGGAGCAAGUACAACACUGUGUCUGAGAUUGGGCCUGAAACAGUGACCUGCAUCCCGCUUUUCAGGUAGCGAUUUGUUCGCAGGGGCAGUGAUACAAUGUUGCAAGUUUUGUCCAACAUCCUGCCUGCAACCUAGAAAGCCCUCCAUCAUUUGUGGAAUGAGUGGGGACAAAACUUGCUAUCUCUAGAAAUCUGGCAUACGGAUUUGCAGGACAGGGUUUGUAUCAAUGUAUUUAAUAUUGGAGGGUUAAAGUGAAAAAAAAAAAAAAACAAUUUGCCAAGUACGGUAUAGAAACUUGAAAAUGCCAAAUCACUUUGCACAGCUUGGAGUCAGGGUUUUAACUUGAUCAUUAGACAAAUGGAAGGGGUCUUCGAGGGAAAAUGAUUUCCCUAAAGUCUUUGUGUCUCCUGACUACUGACUCAGCCCUCCUUGUCAUCUAAAUUAUUUUUUAUGCUUAGAGAAAAAAGUUUUCCUUUAUGCAUACAACUGCCCUAGAGUCUAAGAAAAAAAUUUUUUAAAUCUGUGUUCUCAAAUGAAGGAUGCUAACAAAUGCUAAGGAAUAUAGUCGUAUGUUAUCGAGAAUCUUAAGAAUUAUUUUAAACUUAAAGAUAAUCUUAUAGUCUGACUACCCUAAAAUUACCCCAUUGUAUGUAAAGUUAUUCUAAGGAAUAGAUUUUUUUAAAAAAUUAGUUUCAGGGGUAGAAUUUAGUGAUUCAUGGGUUGCAUCUAACACCCAGUGCUCAUUCCAUCAAGUGCCCUCCCUAAAUGUCCAUCACCCAGUUACCCCAUCUCCCCGCUCACUUCCCCUCCAGCAAUCCUCAGUUUUUUUCUUAUGAUUAAGAGUAUCUCUUAUGGUUGGCUACCUCUCUGAUUUCGUCUUGUUUUAUUUACUUUUCCCUGCCUUCCCCUAUGAUCCUCUGUUUUGUUUCUUAAAUUCCACAUAUGAGUGAGAUCAUAUGAUAUUUGUCUUUCUCUGACUGACUUAUUUCUAAAAUUUCUAGGUUUUUAAAAAAUCACCUCCUUUUUAUGGCAAAGCAAAACAAAAACAAAAACCCCUGGUAAUAUUAUCUUAACCAGUUUUAUUUCCUGAAAGUAAACAAUUACCUGGUAUUCUGUUGGAACUGCCCGGUAUCUGCUCUCUUUUACAACUGUUUUCCAGUUACUACUGAUUUUGCUCAUGCCUGUACCGUAGUACAAGACAUUGACGUAUUUUUUUUUUUAGUAGCCAAAGAAUAUCGAAUCGCAUUGAAUAAUUUACAUUAAUGUUAUUGUACUCUAUUCUAGUUUUUGAAAAUUAAUAAUUGAUGAACAGCAUGCACGAUCAGUGACCUGUCUCAGACCUUUUUUUUUUUUUUUUUCAGACCUUUUGUAGAUAUUGUGAGUUAAUACUCUGCCCCACUAUUUUACAGAAACCAAAAAAUAUUUUGGUGACUCUGGUGUACUGGCUUCUCACUUUCUGAGUGCAACACAAUUUCAUUGUCAGAUUGCAUAUUGCGAUGUUAAGCUAUGAAAAUCUGAUCGUUAUGUGUAUGUGGAUAAUUUUUAUUUAUUAUGAAUGUUUGAUCAAGUAGCUUACUAGCCUAGCUGUCUUUAUGUUCAAUAAGAGAAUUUACUACUUUUUACUGUGUGGCUGAGAACAACCAUGUAUUUUGCUAUCCUUUUUACAAUAUUUAGUCCAUUGCUAUAAAAUUUUUAACGAGACUACAAAAUUUAAGGUAUUCUGAUUCAAUCAAUGAAUGUGGUUCCAGGCCCUGUUCUCUGGGCUUCUCAAAGAGAAUAAAGGUUAUGUUUGUCUUA